AUGUCGUGGGCUCCGCAAGGAAGCGGCUGGGCUGGAGCCCCUGGCGGCCAGGAUGAGCUGGCGGCCCGCCUUGGUCAACUCGCGCUGCGCGCUGGCGCUGGCAGCGACCCAUCGCACAUGGUGUCCGCAGGCACGCAUCCCCCAGCCCUGGCCUCGGAGCACCUGCUGUCCCAAGCAAGACAUAACCACUUCUAUCAAGGGUCCGGGCUGCAGGCUUUGCCUGUGCAAGGCGGUGUCCACUUAUCGAAUAUGAAGCAGGCAAGACUGCCUCUGAGUGUCAGGGGAGGGGCCAACUCUGUGCCUGUGGUGAAUGCUGGCUUGUUGCACGCUGCACACCUUGGUGGUGGACGGGUUGGGACUGGGCUUCCGCUGGGUGUGGACCGCCACUCGCGAGCUGCAGCACAAGGCAUCAACUUGCCAGGCUCGCAGCAGCACAGCCAGGCAGCGCUCCUGGCUCUGCAGAGCCAGCUGGCUGCUCAACUGCAGCAGCAGGGGUACACAGGUACGAUCGCGGCUGUCCCUUCGAUGGUGCAGCAACCACCAUUGAUGUAUGGCCAGAUGCCCACUGCUGCGGCAGCAAAUCAGGCGAAUAUGAUCGCCGCAGCUGCGGCGACCGCAGCAGCACAAGUAACAAGCAUGCGGACUGCAGCAGGCCUUGCAGCACGAACUUCGGUUGGCACGGGUCAAGUCAAGCGACAGAUGCUUGAUGCGGAUUUGCCAGGCGUAGGCCAGAGAAUUGCUUGGAAUGCGAAUGGCCUUUCCCAGGGGUCGUUUCAGGCGCCAAGCAGUGCGCAGAAUGCGCUGCAGGGAUCACUGGUCUCUCAGCUUGCUCUUGGUGGGGCUGCUGGACUGCAGCUGCAGCAGCUUGCCCAGGGUGCAGGCCUAGGGCAUGGCGUGGGUCCUGCUCUGAACAAUGGCAGGGCUGAGUUGGGUCUCGGGACACUUGGACAGUUGGGGGUAGGGGUUUGGGGGCAGGGCAUCACUUCCCAAGCCGGUGUUACAGCGGUUGAAAACCUGCAGACUGCAGGCCUUCAUGCACCGUCGAUAAUGGCUACUGCUCCGAUGCUGCCCAUUUUGGGGGAAGACCUUGCAAAGCCGACAAUGCACCAAAGCCAGGGAGGGUUGACAGGCCUUGCCCCAGGAGGCCUUCGCUUGCUGCAUUCGGCUCCAACAGCGUUGCAGUCGGCAGCGUCUCUGGAUUCUUCGUCUGUGAAGUCUUGCGAUACAGGAGUGACAGUGGGGAGCACUGCUGGUGGUUCCCCUAAGUUAUUGUCAGACCUGCAUGCCCAGAAGGUCAAAGCUGCCGAUGGGGCAGCAACCUCUGCGGCGAUGGGAGCCCUUGAUGUUUCCACCUUGACUCAAGCACAGGUGAAUGCUCUUAUGAAUGCACAGACUGAGGAGAUCCGCCUGUUGGCUGCACAGCUUGGUUUUUUGGGCCGACCUUCUGCUGUCUCUACUGCCGUGUCAAGUGGCCCUGCUGCGGGCGUUCCUGUGUCAGGUGUGGCACAGUCAGGCAGCGGAGGCGGCGCACACAGGGAGAGGGAUGUGAGCACCUUGAAGACACUGGGCCAGAUGCUGGCCAGAACGGGGAACACUGUGGAGAGUGCAGUGCAGACGGGGCUCCUUGGGGGGUGUAAUGCUGAGGAUGUGAAGGUUGUGUGGGAGGCAUAUGCUGUUGAGUUGGCUGGGAUAAAGCCAGCCGCCAGCCUGGGGUCCGCGUGGCGUGUUGAGCUGCCGAAGGGCAGACACCUGGGCACCUCAGUGCUGUCAGCUUCUAACCUUGUUGCACAGCCUGCAACCCGUGAGAACGUGGGUGGGGUGAUCGGGGAUAAGAGGAAUACCCUUAGUCAGGUAGGGGAUGCAGCAGUUCCUCCCCAAUCGUCAGUUGUCGCUGGAGCUGCAAACACCUCAGCAGGCACACCUGCCACGUGUGAGCUAGAUGGCCCUCCGCUGGCCACUCAGCCAGAGGAGGAAGAAGGGGAACCCAACUGGGACGAAGUGUUUGAGACUGGAGAAAACAUGGUGCCAUCCCAGGUCAUUUCUGCCGUGAAUGAUGGAACCGUAGAUCUCACAACCGCUGGUUUGAAGAUGCCCUCUGAAGGGGCCUUCAAUGCCUUCAGUUAUGGGUUUUUUGGUGAGACUGGGGAUUCUUGUGGGGAGUUGCUGGAGGACGACUUGGAAGCUCUUGAGAAACAAGAGAGUGGCGACGUUGUUGACGCUGAUGAUGGCGAACAAAACCCCACAGUGUGGGAGACAUUGGCAGGAGAAGGGGAAGAACUUCACAGCGAACCAGUGAAGGAAUCCCAAGGUGUUGACACAGAAGAUGAAAACAAGCAGGGGCUGGGAAAAACAAAGGGUGACGGAUCAUGUGUUCAGGCAGGCGGGGAUACUGCACUUGCCGACGUGGUGAGCAGCAUGUCUGCCAGCUUAGUACAGGCUAAGCCAAUGUAA